CCACCGCUGCUGCUGUUCCGGCCGCUCCUCCUCACUGCCGAGUCUGCCGCUGCUGCAAAGCCCGCCCAGCCGCCAAGCGAGCCCGCCAGCGCGACACAGCCCAAGCCGCGGGACCGGCCUGCUUUACGGCAGCGCCUCUUCACGGGACCGGCCUUCCCCAGUCGCCGCAGCGGCCUCCACGUGGGGAGAGCGGGCCCGGAGCAGCCGCCGCCGCCAUGAGGAGGCCCAAGUUGAAGAAGGCUAGUAAGCGCAUGACCUGCCAUAAACGAUAUAAAAUCCAGAAAAAGGUUCGGGAGCACAGCAGAAAACUCAGGAAAGAGGCCAAGAAACGUGGGCACAAAAAGCCCAAGAAAGAUCCAGGAAUUCCCAAUGCUGCACCUUUUAAGGAAGAGGUUCUUCGUGAAGCUGAGCAAAGGAAGCAAAGGCUUGAAGAACUAAAACAAAAGCAGAAACUUGCUAGGCAGAAAGACCUUGAAAAGAAAAGAAAGCUACAAGCUAAAAAGAAUGCUACCAAAGCAAAUAAACAUCCAGAGGAAAAGGAAUCAACCACGAAACCAAAAGCAAAAUCUAACAGUCUGCUGGAUAAAAAUUCAAAUAAAUCAUUUUGCAGAGAACUUAAAAAGGUGAUUGAGGCUUCAGAUAUAGUCCUGCAGGUCUUAGAUGCCAGAGAUCCCCUGGGCUGUCGGUGCUCCCAGGUGGAGCAAAUCAUUACUCAGUCUGGAGGAAACAAAAAGCUAUUAUUGGUGUUAAACAAAAUCGAUCUGGUACCAAGGGAGAACUUGGAGAAAUGGUUACAUUAUUUGAAGAAUGAGUUUCCAACGGUUGCUUUUAAAUCCUCAAUGCAGCUGAAGGACAGAAGCGUGCAGGAGAAGAAGCUCACAAAGAAAAGAGCUCGCAUUGACUUGUCAAGAGGCAGCAUGUGUUUUGGAAGUGAGUGUCUUUUGAAGCUUCUUCGAGAUCACUGCAGGACUCAAGACACAGCCAUUCAAGUUGGGGUGAUAGGCUUCCCUAAUGUGGGGAAGAGCAGUAUAAUCAAUAGUCUGAAGGAGAUGCGUGCCUGUAAUGUGGGGCCAGUUAGAGGCGUUACCAAGUGCAUGCAGACAGUCCAUAUUGACAAACAAAUCAAGAUGAUAGACAGCCCAAGCAUCAUUGCAGCUCCGUCCAACUCUGCUCUUGCUCUGGCUUUGAGGAGCACCACAGAUACUGAAGAAUCAGGAAAAUUAUUAGAUGCAGUAAAUGCUAUUUUGAAGCACUGCAGUAAACAGCAAAUGAUGCUGUACUACAACAUCCCAGACUUCAGAAACUCUGUGGAGUUUUUAACUUUACUUGCACAGAAAAGGGGAAUGCUGAAAAAGGGAGGUAUCCCUGACACAGAGAGUGCAGCUAAAUUACUACUUUAUGACUGGACAGGCGCCAAAAUUAGUUACCAUUCAUUGCUUCCUGCAUCACGGAGUCUGUCACCACACCUCACCAAGGAGGUGGUAGCGGAAAUGCAGCAGGGUUUUAACUUAGAGGAGCUGGCAAAGGAUAAUAUGAACACUAUUAAAGCUGUAAAAUAUCCCAAUCUGGCAAGCAGUAUUGUUUUCCAGUCUUCUGGCUUGACAAAUGGGACAAUAGAAGAGAAUGAACUAACUGAGGGAAUAUCAGAACUGGAGAACAUAGAAACAAGUGAAGAAGGGGAGGAAUUAACUGAAGAUGACCAGGACACCGAUGAGGAAGAGGAACUCAUUGAAGAGGAAAGCGACGUUCAGACAAGCAGCAAAACAAACCCUGCAAAACUGAGUGUGGAAGAUGAAAGCUUAGAAAAGCAACCAGCAGGUGAACAGUCCCCUACUUUAUCAUUCAACUUGGAUAAGACAGCUGAUCAGGAUGAUGCUUAUGAUUUUAAUACAGAUUAUGUGUAAAGACAGAAAAAAUGCACUCAAAGGCCUAAUUUUGAGAAGGGCAUUGCCAACUUUCUAAGUAGCUAUAAAACACUCUCUAUGUUGACCUCUUUCAGUCCUUUGGACCUUACUUGCAAGAGGCUGCUGCAAAGACCCAAUAUCUCUGAUGUGAAAUAUUAUAUAGAAUACAACGUAACAUUGUUUGAAAAUCAUGUGUUUCUAGAACUGUGUAUACUUCAGCUUUGUAAAUUUUGUAGUUCUCUAAACUUCUGUAAAAAGAUUUUAUUAAAUGAAUCUUAAGGACGA